AUGGCAGAGGUGGGAGUGUCGGUAGCAGCAAAACUUGCUGAAUAUCUGGUGGAUCCAACUUUACAGCAACUGCAAUAUUUGUUCUGUGUCAGCAAAAUCACCAGAACUGUUGAUAUCAGAAAGAAGGAGCUGAUACUCCAGCAAGGGAUGAUACAGGAACGUGUUCGAGAGGCCAUCAACAGGACUGAGAGGAUUGAUGGUGAGGUUGACAAGUGGAAGAAUGAUGUAGAGAGUCUCAUAGCAGAGGUGGAGAAAUUGGAGGAAGAACUAAGGGCCAACAAUGGCUGCCUUCGAGGGUGGUGUCCUACUUGGAGGAGAUAUUGUCUCUGCAAAAAGUUGGCUAAAACAACACACAGGAUGAUUGAUCUAAAUACAGAGUGUGGUCGCUUUAAUCAAGUUGCCCAUCCUGUUAUUGCUCCAAAUAUAGAAUUUCUCUCUUCUCAAAACUUUAAGUUCUUCAGCUCUACACAAAUAGCUUUUCAUCAGCUGUGGGAGGCAUUGCAAGAUGACGGUAGCUCCAUGAUUGGGUUAUGGGGAAUGGGAGGGUCAGGGAAAACCUCCUUGAUGAGAGUAGUGGGAAAGAAAGCCCAGGAGUCACCGCUCUUUGAUCGAGUCGUGCCAACUACAAUUUCUCAAAGCCCAGAUAUAAGAAAAAUUCAAGGUGAUAUUGCUGAUGCAUUGGGGCUUGAAUUGAAGGAAGAAUCUGAAACGGGAAGGGCAAAAAGAAUAGCACAACGAUUACGAAGUGGAGAACGAAUUUUGAUAACACUGGAUGAUCUUUGGGAUGUGCUGACUCUUGAGGACAUAGGGAUUCCUUUAGGGGAAAAUCAUCAAAGAAGUCUCAAAGUUGUCCUAACUACACGCAUUCUUGAUGUAUGUAACAGGAUGGAAUGCCAAAAGAAGAUUCGACUUGAUUUGUUAAAAGAAGAUGAAGCUUGGACUUUGUUUCAAACUCAUGCUAAUUAUGUCUAUGAUGUUGCCAAAGAAGAUAUGGCACGAGAAAUUGCUAUAGAAUGUAAGGGCCUACCUAUUGCAAUUGUAGUUGUGGGUACUUGCUUGAAAGAAAAAGGAGUUGAUGAGAUGAAGGUGAUGUUGUAUCGGUUGAGGAACUCGAAGCCAAACAUUGUGGAUAAAGGAGUGAGGAAGGCUUUUACUUGUCUUGAAUUAAGCUAUGAUUAUUUGGCAACCCCAAAAGCCAAGUUGCUGUUGUUAAUGUGUGCUAUGUUUCCUGAAGAUCAUGAUAUUGGUGUCGAAGACCUUUUCAGAUAUGGAGUGGGUUUAGGCCUAUGUGAAGAUGUAGACUUAUUUGAAACAGCAAGGAGCCAAGUUAGAGCAACUAUAAAUUAUCUCAUUGACUCCUCAUUGUUGAGGCAUUCUUCAAAACUCAACACAAAGUCACAAGAAUAUGUGACAAUGCAUGAUAUGAUUCGUGACUUUGCAUUGUGGAAAGCAUCUGAAGAGGAUCGUACCAUUAAGGUAAAUUGUAGAAAAGAAUUGAAUGAAUUGAUUGCUGAUGAAGUGGUGAAAAAUUGUUAUGCUGCAUCUUCAUGGUAUGCAAACAACAAACAAUUUCAAUUUCCUUCUCAAUUGGAUGCUCCAAAGCUUGAGUUUCUGUUGUUACAUUCUCAAAAUCUCUUGGAUAUGUCAAAUGCAUCAUUUGAAGGCACUAAAGGACUGAAGGCGUUGAUUAUUAGGCCCUCAUAUUUUGGGUUCGGUAUUAGACUAUCAUUAUCUCAAUCAAUCCAACAGUUGUCUAGUCUUCGUACAUUGCGAUUGCAGGGUUGCAAUUUAGGUGACAUCUCUUUUGUGGUAAGCCUUACAAGACUUGAAAUUCUUGACCUGCAAAGAAGUAUGUUUGAAAGAAUGCCAAAUGGAAUUGAAAAUUUAAACAAGCUGAAGUUGUUAGAUUUGUUGGGUUGUAAAAUAGGUGAAUGUUGUUACAAAGUACUAGGAAGGUGCUCACAGUUAGAAGAGUUGUAUAUUUCUAUGCAUUUUCUACAGUCAAAAAAUGCAAAUUGCCAUGAAUGCUUUAUGGCCCCUAUUGCUUUGACAAAAUUGAGAAGGUAUACGUUAGAAAUUGGGAUGCAUGGAAUACGCUACCUUCCAUCUCCAAAUAAAAGCGCAAGAUAUUUAUGCUUGGGUUCGUUAAAUAUCGGCAUUGUAAGUGGAGGAAUCAAGGAUCUUGCACAAAGAGCAAUAGAAAUUGAAUUUUAUAAGCUUGAGGGAGGCAGCAGAAAUUUCAUGCCUAAUGUUGUUCAAGCUAUCGGAGGCAUGAAUGAGUUAUCUAAACUCUGUCUUAGAAGGUGUUCAGAGAUGGAAUGCAUUAUUGACAAAAUCAAUGCUCAUGAAGAUGCGAUUGCCCCAAGAUUGGACGAGUUAGUGCUAGAAGAUAUGGAUAAUCUUCAACAACUACAUCGUGGUCUUUCUUCUUUUAGCUUGUUCCAAAAGCUGGAAAGGCUACGUAUAUCCAAUUGCUCUCAGUUGCUCUAUAUAUUCCCUGCUGACUGCAACUUAGGCAAUCUUAAGUUUCUCAAUAUUUCUGGUUGUCCGAGGUUGACAUCUCUCUUCCCUGUCUCUGCUGUGUGCACUCUGCUGUCCUUACAAGUGCUCCGAAUAGAAAGUUGCAGUGAACUGAAGCAUCUCAAAGGUUUGGACGGUUGCAGCGUCUAUCCAUAA